UCGGCUCCGCCGCGGGGGUCGCAGCCGCUGCCGCUGCCGCGCCGUCCUCGAGCUCCUGGCGUGAGGAGGCGGCAGGCAGAGAGAAGCAUCGCGCUCCAGGCGGAGACCCAGAGGCAGCCCCGCGCCCGGCCUCGCUCACUGCUAUGGACAGUGCGAUCACCCUGUGGCAGUUCCUCCUUCAGCUCCUACAGGAGCCUCAGAACAAGCACAUGAUCAGCUGGACCUCUAACGAUGGGGAGUUCAAGCUCUUGCAGGCGGAAGAGGUGGCUCGUCUCUGGGGGAUUCGUAAGAAUAAGCCUAAUAUGAAUUACGACAAACUCAGCCGAGCUCUCAGAUACUAUUAUGUAAAGAAUAUCAUUAAAAAAGUGAAUGGUCAGAAGUUUGUGUACAAGUUUGUGUCUUACCCAGAGAUUUUGAAAAUGGACCCCCUGACCGUGGGCAGGACCGAGGGAGACUGUGAGGUCAUGAGCUGCAGCGAGGUGGGCAGCGGCUCCAGGGAUGCCGAGAGCGGGGGCAGAGAGAAGCCCCUGCAGCCCGGGGCCCGGGCCUCUAGCCGCAAUGACUACAUCCACUCCGGCUUGUAUUCUUCCUUCACGCUCAACUCUUUGAACUCCUCCAACAAGAAGCUCUUCAGACCUAUAAAGAUCGAGAGUCCGGCUGAGAAGCUGGCAGAGAAGAAGCCACCCCAGGAGCCAACACCAUCUGUCAUCAGAUUUGUAACAACGCCUUCCAAGAAGCUUCCGGUUGAACCUGUUGCUGCCGCCGCGUCGGCUAGCCCGGGCAUUUCUCCGUCUUCAGAAGACCCUCUCCGAGCCUUGGAGACUUUGGCUUCCCCCAGACUGCCUGCCCUGGAAGCCCCGGCCUCUGCCCCCAGCGGCUCCGCCACCUUUGCCGCAUCCCCUGGGCCCUCGGCCUCCCCUUCUAUGCAGGAGCCCCCGAGGACACCUUCGCCACCACUGAGUCCGCACCCCGACCUUGACACCGACCUCGAGUCAGUAGCAUCACAGCCCAUGGAGCUUCCAGAGAACUUGUCACUAGAACCUAAAGACCAGGAUUCGGCUUUGCUGGAAAAGGACAAAACAAGUAAUUCCUCAAGAUCCAAGAAACCCAAAGGGUUAGAGCUGGCGCCCAUCCUGGUGAUCACAGGCAGCGACCCGAGCCCGCUGGGGAUACUGAGCCCGUCUCUCCCUACAGCUUCUCUGACGCCAGCCCUUUUCUCACAGACGCCCAUCUUGCUGACGCCCAGCCCCUUGCUCUCCAGCAUCCACUUCUGGAGUACUCUCAGCCCCGUCGCUCCCCUGAGUCCAGCCAGACUGCAAGGUGCUAACACACUCUUCCAGUUUCCUUCUGUACUGAACAGUCAUGGACCGUUCACUGUGUCUGGCCUGGAUGGACCACCCACCCCUGGCCCGUUUUCCCCAGAUUUACAGAAAACAUAACCUAUGCACUUGUGGAAUGAGAGAACCGAGGAAUAAAGAAACAGAGAGACAUUCAACAUGAUUACCUUUGAAGUGAGCAGUUAAUAGUUCUACAAUGCUAAUAAUAGACUAUUGUGAUUUUUGCCAUUCCCCAUUGAAAUGCCUUUUUAAGAUUCCCUUUGAAUAUGACUCAAGUUGGACUGUAUAUAAAAAUGCCUUAAUUGGAGUCCAAGCUCCACCUCCCUCUUCCUUCCUUCACUCCUUCCUUCCUUCCUUCCUUUCUUUCUAAUAUUUUGAGCUUUGUGUUAAAUUUUUGGUGGGGUUUAGCAGCUAGCUAUGGUUCGCAAGAGCAGUUAAGAACAAAGUUACUCCUUUUGCCUUACUGGGACCCUUUGGCCAGGAAAACAGUUAUGUUUUGCGUGUAUUAUUUGGAGAAAUGUUAACUGCAGUUGGUCAUAUCUUCACAACUAAGUGUGUUCUCUGGAAAAACAAAAAGUGAGCUGUGCACAAGCAGUGAAGGAAAGCAGUCAUGCCUGUCCACACACACUAAAAUCGGAGCAGUGCUGUGGGAGAGAUUCUGUCUGGCUUGAAGAGUAACCUAUGUAAGCAAUUCGCAGAAAAGACCUCUUGCAUCGCGGUGGGUUUCUCAGCCGCAUGUGUGAUCUUGUCUCAACCUGUGAACAGAGCUCGGAGCCUCCUAGUCUGUUGCAACAUAGGAAGGUGUUUUAAACCUGGGGUUUAAGAUGGUGUUUGCAACAACCAGUGAGAGCAGGGGAGCCCGCCUCUAGCUUGGAAGUGCCGUCGGCUCUCUGGGUGGGAUGGUGACACCCCCGUGGUACACAGCCUGGUUACGUGAUGGCUUUUAGGAAGAAACCGGGUCUUGAAAUCCGGAGGCAUCUCUGAGUAAAACGUUCAGCUGGAUAACUUGAAACAACAUGCGGGGCUGUCCCAGUUAGAAGAGACUUUCUCUUUUCUGUUCGUCUUACCCUAUUUUCUACUGCACGUUUACCUUCUUUUAAACUUCAGGUUGUUUGGGGCUGUGCUAGUUUUAAAGAUGUGAUGAGGAAGAGGCAAAGCAAGGCGAAGCCUCCAAGUCUACAGUGAGGUGAAGGUGUGCUUAUUUCUUUGGCAAAGUGUUUUUUAGUGAGAGAGCAGCAGAAUUGGUUUGGAAGCUCAUAUGCAGGGAUUGCAUUGUUCACGUUAGUAGGGAGAAGCGGAGGCCUUCCUCUCUCUCUUACCACAUUGAGAAACUUUGACCGCACGGUAAUCAGUGCAGAUGCGGACGAUGCUCUGGAGCCUCCAGACUGAAUCGAUACCAACAUUGCAGCAGAAUUGGUGAAAACCGUGGCUUUUGAAGUCUAGGAUUAGGGGUGCCCGGGUGGCUCAGUUGGUUAAACUACUGCCUCCCGCUCAGGUCAUGAUCCCGGGGGGGUCCUGGGA